AGCAGUCUAUUAACGUCGAUGAAACACUAUUUUCCCAGUGGACUUCCAACCCUUCAAUUAAUCCCUAAACAACAAUUAAAAUGUCCCUCCACGUUAAUCCACUCAUGUACUUGAAUCUGGGGGGUGAGAUGCUCUAUGUCAUUCAACACAGACUAAGUGCUCAGAAAAUCGAGGAACGCAAAACAAUUCAAGUCUUGGAUGACAUCACAGCAUCAUUUUUAAAUCCAAAGAUUCUGUCAACUGUUUUUCAACAAUCUCCACUGAUAAACCUGUCAUCCCUACGAGCAACUCUCGAGGCCAUAAGUCUCAGCUCGAUCAUGAAGUUGGGCCAGAGUUCGAUGAACAAAUUAUUUGACCUGAUGAUGAUGAUGUUCAAGUAUCAGCUUAUCGCGUGCACUGGACCCAGGGAAGUAAUUCUGGCGACUCUUAAUCAUGUUGAUGCACUUCGGGAUAUGGUGACCCAAACAAGUGCACAUGAAUGUAUCACCCUCGUUCACCGAAUGAUCGUUGACGUUUAUGGAGAAUUGAGUCAUGACGAGAUUUGGCAGGCGAGGAACGAAUGCCUGAUCGCCUUAGCUAGUAUCAACGUCAGGGUUUCUAUUCUUCUGAGGCUCGGCCUUCAGAAUGAAGACACGACCUUCAAUAUUCUCCCACAAAAUUACGAUGAAAAGUUUGAGGAGAGGAGGUGCGAGGUGGGGAGUAACAAAUUACUCGAGAGUAAUCAGAAGGGGUACAAUCUAGGAUCGUUCAAACUCUUUGGGGAUCGAGUGACACUUUUAGGGAAAAACAUAUAUUCUCCAAAUUAUGUGAAAGCAGCAAAAAACAGGCAAUUACCAAAAAAUCGCGAGAGAUCUCUAAAAGACAGAGGAACAAGAGCAGAGCUGGGAAUGUUGGCGAGGCAAUUGGGUACAGAGGAGGCGACAGCAUCUCGACCAUUCAGUCUUGACCUGUUUGAUGAUCAAGAGACGAUUGAGAUCGAUGACAAUCGUAAUGAGGGAGAGGGAGAAGAGAAGGGUACCGAGACACCUGGGCGAGUCGAUGCCGAUCACAAGGCGAAACUCGAUUACAUUUCUGCGGAUCUCGAAGGGGAGGAGAAGCUCUACAAGAAGAUGAAUCUCCUCCAGCUGCUGGAUGAGGCUGAGUGAUUCUUCGCUCAACCAUUCAGGUUCACCGCCCAUUUAUGCAUCAAAGAAAUUUACAAAAACACUGGAAUGCGCCAGACAAUUCUAUUGGUUAUUCAACUUUAUUAUUUUGUUGGUUCUCGGGAGAUUCUGGUGGAAUACUAAACUGAAAAUAUUCUGCAGAAGAAAUAGAGUUCAGUUUUUCUAUAGAUUUCAUUCGGCUCAAAUUUUAUGUGUUUUUUUCCAUAUUUUCUUCUUUCUUUCAACUCAAGAUAUUUUCGUGAAAUUUUUUCUACUAUAAAGAUUAAUGUAAUUUCAUUGUAUUGUUUUAUUGAUAAUUCUUUUAUUGAGAUGAUUUUUAGGGAAUGUCUUCGCCUGAAAUUUUAAAAGCAUUCGUUAUUGUAUACUCAUUGUUUUUCAUCGUGAAAAUUAAAAUUCCAGGCGAGUAUAUUAGAAAAUAACAAUUUGCAAACCAAAAAUGAAUUAUUCUAACUUUUUUUAUACUAAAUCUUUAACGUUCUUUUGAAUUUCAAUGAAAUCAGCUAGGUUUUUCUAUGAAAUAUUGAAUUAUGAUCGCAUUUCCUUUCCCUAUAUGAAA